GAUUGAGUAGUUGGAGGUUCUAUUUUAACUGUGAUGCACAUGGUUUCCUUUGUGAGAACAUCAGCAACAAUAAGAUCUUUAUUACCCAGAGCAUCAACUAUCUCUAAAAUCAUGGAUUCUUCUUCCAACGCGGGUACGGGAGGAUCUCAGAGGCUUUUUACGCUGGCACAGCACCUUCGACAGUACAAGGCCCCUUCUUUCCCUGAAGAUAUUGUGGAGCAGCGGAUUGAAGAAAGUGGUGGAAAGGUUGUUACGCAGGUGGGUUUUCCAGAAGCGGCAACCCCAGUUGGUCAAAACCCAGAAAAAUUCAGACCCAAAAAAGCUGCUGUUUUGAUUUGCCUCUUUGAAGGGGAUGAUGGGGAUCUAAGAGUCAUUCUCACUAAGCGUUCUUCCAAGCUCUCUACUCACUCGGGUGAGGUUGCGUUGCCCGGUGGGAAAGCGGAGGAGGGGGAUAAGGAUGAUGGGGACACUGCAAAAAGAGAGGCAAAUGAGGAAAUUGGGUUGGACCCGGAACUUGUCAAUGUUGUUACUGUCCUUCAACCAUUCUUGUCUAAGCAUCUUUUAAGGGUAGUUCCCGUCAUUGGCAUACUUAAUGACAAGAAAGCAUUCAAACCUGUUCUAAAUCCAGCUGAAGUAGAAGCAGUGUUUGAUGCACCUUUGGAAAUGUUUCUCAAGGAUGAAAAUCGAAGGCAGGAGGAGAGGGAGUGGAUGGGAGAGAAGUUUUUGUUGCAUUUCUUUGACUAUGGUGUCGGGCAUAAAAAAUACCUUAUAUGGGGUUUAACUGCUGGGAUCUUGAUUAGAGCGGCAUCAGUUGUGUACCAACGGCCACCAGCUUUCGUAGAGCAGAAUCCUAAAUUCAAGGUUCCACAGAAUGUAUCAAAUGAUACUACAUUACCUUGAAUUCAUUUUUUUCUGUAACGUUGUCCUUUACAUCUGUUCUUAAUAAUGCAAAAGAAAAUCACAACAGAGUUCUGGAAAUCA